AUGGGCUUCGAAGCCUUUUAUAGUCAGCGCUCCAAUGCCUCCGGUGGCCUGGGAUUUAUUGGACCAAGCGCGAAGACUCAAGAUACUCUGCUGGACUUGCGGGAAGCAUCGGCGCUGGUUCCGAAAACAAAUUUGUUCUCAUCUUUCGUUCCUUCUUCUGAUCAAGUCCUGCCUGUUGGAAUUGGAUUUCAGCUCUGGUGUGAUGACAUCCAGGUGGCCGCUGAUUCAGUUAAAGAAUUCAAACCAUGUGCUGCCUGGCUCUAUGCACCGAGAAAUGGUCAAAAGGAUUUAGAUAAAUGGUCUCUCAAGAUUCGCACAGCGUCUCCUCAAACACAGAUAUGGAUCCAAAUAGGGACAUUGGCCGAGGUAAAGGAGCUUCUACGUGGCUCUCAGCUUCCGGAUGUCAUCGUGGUUCAAGGCUCGGAGUCUGGUGGCCAUGGGCGCACCAAAGAUGGGCUAGGGCUCAUUUCUCUGUUACCCGAGGUUGCUGAUGUGACUGAAGGGAGUCAGAUUCCUCUAGUUGCUGCCGGAGGAAUUGCCGACGGAAGAGGCGCUGCUGCUGCUUUAUGUCUUGGAGCUUCUGGCAUUGCUAUGGGCACUCGCUUUCUAGCUGCUACUGAAACACGUAUAAGUCGUGGAUAUCAGAACGAAGUCGUUCGAGCCAACGAUGGGGCUGUAAACACCACCCGUACUUUGCUUUAUAAUCACCUCCGUGGGACUUUCGGCUGGCCAGAGGGAUACAGUCCACGAACAAUCAUCAACAAAUCAUAUGAAGAGCAACGGGCGGGAGUCCCGUUUGAGGAACUCAAGAAGCGUCAUGAAGAAGCUCAGAAAGCCGGUGAUAGUGGCUGGGGACCGGAUGGUAGACUCGCCACUUAUGCUGGGGCAUCUAUUGGACUGGUUCGAGAAGUUAAAGACGCGGCAGCGAUAGUGGAUGAAGUCCAGAAGAGUACACUAAGAAUAUUUACUGGACUGACCUCGGGGAUUGUUUAG